GCCGGAGCAGGAGCAGCAGCAGGAGCAGGAGGAGCAGGAGGACAGCUCAACAGCUCAACUCAUUCAGUCUCACAGCCGCGGACCUGCAGCAGCCACUGACUGUCAGCUCAACAGAAGCCAAUAUCAUUGAGGAACAGAUCGUUGGAACCUUUGUACCCAGCUUAUCCUGUUGAAGACCUGCCAAAUGUUGCACCAACAACAACGACCAUGGGAUGUGUGAAUCCCGUCACUGUCUGCGUUAACUAAAGUUGGCCUGCAAACACUCCUUUUUUCUGUCAUUGCUUUGACCUUUUUUAACCUACCCUGUGCAUUUGUCCUUCACUGCCACAAUAUUCUUACUAUGUAUACUCAAAGACUCACACCUCUUGGAUACACUCGCCACCUCUUUGAUUCAGAAGCUCAGAUGGAGCAUCUAACAUGGAGAGCAGUUUGACUCUGCCUUUCUAGGACAGUAUUUUUUUGCUGUUACUCUCUUUCCUUCCUGUGAAUCAUUGGCCAAGCUACCCAGAGUUAAUAUGGAUGGGAGGACUGACAGUUGCUUACAAUCCAAAACUUGGAUGAUUAUGUUUUGGACACACCUUUCCUCCUUUUCGGCACGGUAAGAGUUAUCACCUGAAAGAUGGGAAAGAGACAUUGCAACUUAUCUACGUGUUGCUCACUUUUGAAAUCAUGGAGAUAUCCGCCACCUGAUCAUAUAAAAUAAGUUGUUUCGUUUCAUCACUCUUUGGACAUUUUUGAUUAUUUUUACAGAUAGAAUAAAGCAUCUUUUUGUCCUCUCUUGCAGGCCCUAACGUGGGCCUGUUUGACCUUAUAGAAGGACCUCUUUAAGAGGUGAAAUUUACGUUUGUAAACCUGAAACUUUUAGGUUUUAAUAUCCUCCUGGACUAAGAGAAACAAAGAGGAGCGAAACCUCGACUAUUGCGCUGACAUGGCAGCAGAGCACGGCGAGCUGCUGGCCGAGAUGGCCACGGUCGGCCGUCUGAGUGCCACUGAACGCCUGAAGCAUGCCCAGAAGCGUCGGGCUCAGCAGCUCAAAACCUGGGCGCAGAUGGAGAAGGAUGCGACACGAGGGUCAAGGGCCAAAGCGGAUAAGAAGAAGGCACGCACCACCAAAAUUAAAUUCCCCCCCGCCAUCACACUGCUCGAUGCAGCUGCGCGCAAUGAUGUGGAGGAAGUGAGGGAGAUGCUUAACAGUGGCGUCAGCCCAGAUCUGGUCAACGAGGAUGGACUGACAGCUUUACAUCAGUGCUGCAUUGAUGACUUUGUGGAGAUAGUGCAGUGCCUGCUGGAUGCUGGUGCCUGUGUGAACGCCUGCGACAGUGAGCUGUGGACACCGCUGCAUGCUGCUGCCACCUGUGGGCACACUGGAUUAGUGCAGCUCCUGAUUCAGGCUGGGGCUGACCUGCUGGCUGUCAACGCAGAUGGCAACAUGCCCUAUGACCUCUGUGAAGAUGAGGCCACCCUGGAGCUACUAGAGAUGGUUAUGGCUGAACAGGGGAUAACCCAGGACCGUAUAGAUGAGUGUCGUGGAGCUAAAGAGGCGGCCAUGCUGGUGGACAUUCAGGCUCUGGUUCAGAGUGGGGCAGAUUUAAACGCUCAGGACGAUAAUGGAGCGACACUGCUCCAUAUAGCUUCUGCAAACGGCUACAUAUCUGUGGCGGAGCUGUUGCUUGAGCACAGGGCUCAGGUGGAGGUGAAGGACUCUGACGGCUGGACACCGCUACAUGCAGCCUCCUGCUGGGGACAAAUCCAAAUGGUGGAACUGCUGGUGGCUCAUGGAGCCAGUUUAAACAGCAAGUCUAUCCUGGAAGAGACACCUCUGGAUGUGUGUAUGGAUGAAGAGGUCAGAGCCAAACUGAUGGACCUGAAGCACAAACACGAUGCCAUCAUGAAGAGCCAAGACCGGCAGAAGGGCACGCUGCAAAGACGAGCCUCUAGUACUGGCAGUCGAGGUAAGGUGGUACGUCGCGUCAGUGUGAACGAGCGCUCCAGUCUGUACAGGAGGGAGCACCACAAAGAGGCCAUGGUGUGGCAGGAGAGAGGCCGACAGCCAGAACCACAGGACGACGAUGAGGACAGACAAACGGACAAUGAGCUAAACCAGCAUGCAUCCAUGGCCACUGGUGGUGGAGCCACGUCAAGGUUAGAGGAGCUGGAGGCAGCAGACAGGAAAAUCGUGUCCAGCCUUGGUAAUGGAGGGACCUCUGUUUCUUUGUCCUCCUCUGUACCUGGAGAGCUGUGGAGUGGUGGAGGUCUGAUGGAGCGCAGUGCCUCCUACCAGCUCAGCUCUGCAUCCGGGUCUGGGUCUGGAGAGGGCGAGGGGGCGGACAGUAUGACUCGAGAGAAAUCACACCACACCCUGGCUGACCUGAAACGCCAGCGGGCAGCUGCCAAGCUCAAUAAGUACCCGGCACCUCCACCACCCCUGCCGCCUCCCUUAGAAGAAGAGCCGUCUGUCACAGUGCCCGAGGCAACAACCACUCAAGCCCAGCCAGAGCUCCAGAUGACCCCCAACAUAGAAGCGGGUGCCUCCCCGAGCCAGGUGUACUUCACCCCAGCUAGUGGAGAUCCUCCACUGCUGAAACUCAGAGCUCCUGAGGAGGAACAGUCUAACAACAAGGAGCCUUGCUGUGGACUGAUGUAGACAGUCUGACACACAUUAAGACAAGCACUGCCUGCAGAGAAGAGAAUCUGGGCAUGUUACACUCCAAAGUGGCAAAAACCUUUCAAAAUGUUUGAAAUCAGUGAAGACUGUAGGUUAAGGCCACAUGCCAAUGAGGGUUUGAUCUACACUGCACCCUUUGCUGAUUAUCAUGAAAACAGACUUUACAUUAUAGGUCCAAGCAUUUCCUGUUGCUCCUUCUCAUUUAGGGACUGAAUGAGAACUACAGAUUCCAGUGUUGCAAUCACAAGCAAGUACUUUCUUUAUUCAGUCUUCCUUCAUUAAUUUACUCAUUACACUACUCAACCACUGUAGAUUGAUGUUUCCUUGAAAAGCCUUAGAAUCAUGUAAAAGCUGAAUGAAAUUUGAUUUGAGAGCUUGAGAUGAUUUGUUUUAAAUGAAGAAUGAGGUUCUAUUUUCAUUACUGAGUGCUAUCAACGGGUACGUGAUCAAGGUUUGCAUAGAUUUAUAUAAUAAACAAAAGGUUUUUGGAGGAGUUGGAAGAUCGUUUGGUUGUUUGAUGGUUUCAAACGUUGACACUGAAUUGAAAUGUGUAAACAAGGACUAUUUCCUUGCUUGAUUUUUUUUCUUGGACUGAAAAUAUGUAUCUUUUGUAACUUUUCCAGUGCACAAACAGCCCACAUUUCAAUAUUUGUAAAGCUGCAAUUUGUAAAUUAUGAUUGUAUCUAAAAGAAUGUGAGCUAAUCUAUGUUUAAAUCAGCCCAUCAUUAUCACUUCUAGAUUUCCAUUUUUCUGUCAGUAUUUCUAUUUUUCCAUCCUCUGAAUGGAAUCACAUUAUUUAUUCUAUCUGAUGAUGAAUAUGGCGUUUGCUGUAAAGUUCUUGGACCAUUUUUUUAAGAUGAAAGUGUGAAGGUAAGAUAUUUAUCAAAGAGGAUGAUAUAUAAUUUCAUUUUAAGCUUGUCAUAUGAUUAUUUGUCAAAGGUUGGUGCCUUGUUUAGGUGGCAGGUUUGAUAUACUGUAGGUUUGCAAUGCUUGCACACAAAGUCCCACAUGUUAGUUUGGUGAGUGGUGGGAUCAAAUAAUCUGAUGCAGACUCCAACUUGACGUGCUGUCAAUGCACUCCAAUUUCUGUAUUGCAUUUCAGUUUUGUUAGUGAUUUUUACUGAGCCCUGUUUAGAAAAACAAAAUAUAAAAAUAUGUUUUCACAAAUUAA